AUGUCGUUAGUCAGACCCAUGGUGGACAAUCGUCGUAUUAGCCGCAAGAUGACCAUUAACAUCGAUCAAUGUAUCAUCAACGUGCGUCCUGUCAUUAAAGGCGCUAUCAAAGAAGCUUCUCACACCCUCACGGAAGCAUAUGGCAAUGAUGCCAUCCUUAAUUGGUGUGUUCGCGGCAUGCAGCAUAAGCAUGAUGAAUUUCUCUAUACCUUGUUCAAGAAUAUGAUCAACGCCGCCACCUUACAGAGCCGGGAUUUUGCUAUUCAAGUGGAAGGUUGCAAGGGCGUCCUCGUGUGGACUAACAAUCCUCAAGGUUGUCCAUGGCCACGCGCUUUAAGCGUUGCUCAGCUGGCUCGGUUCAUCGGCUGGGGUUCCGCAUUGCACAUAUUGAUGAAAUUUCAACCGUCAUGCGACAAGACCCGACGCAAGGUGAUGGCCAGCUAUCCUCGAUACAUUACUAUCGGUUACAUUGGUGUUCUUCCUCAUGAACAACGUAAAGGUCUCGGAGGAGCCCUUUUGCAGCACGUCCUUGAUAAAGCCGAUGCAUCCCAUUAUCCCGUCGUGGUCGAAGCAAGCACACCCGCCGGGGUUCGAUUCUUUGAAAAGUACGGAUUUGAAGUCCAAGCCAAUGUUUACCUGAGCCGAUCCGAAUUACCAAUGGCGAUCAUGGUUCGUGAGCCAGUGACAAACGAUGCACCCCAACCGCUUCGCAUCAAACCCGGACGUCAGAAUUCCAACGGUUCCAUGUAA